AUGCAAUUCUUCUCGGUCCUGGACGCUGACGGCGCGCUGGCGCGCGAGCGGGACCCCCACCUGACGGGCAAUCCCGACUCGGAUUCGGACUCCGAGGGCGAGGUGGAGAUCCGUGCGGAAGAUCACGUCUUCGUGGCCGCCAGCUGCGAGGAGGACCGGAGACAAACAGAUUGCUGCACCUUGGAACUGUAUGUCUUCGAAGAAGAAGAGGUGAACAUGUAUGUGCAUCACGACAUUAGCUUGGGAGCCUAUCCUUUGUGCGUGGAAUGGAUGGCCCGAAGCUCCGCAGGAGUGGAGGGGUGCUUUGCGGCCGUGGGCUCCAUCGAUCAUUCGAUUCAGCUGUGGAACUUAGAGGAGCCAGACCCUUUGGAGCCCGUGCAAGUUCUGGGCAGCGCACGGAAAGCCAAGGGCGCGAAGAACAAGGCCAAGAAGAAGAAGAAGCCGCCCGGGAGCAGCGACGUGAAGGCGCAUGAGGGCCCCGUGCUUUGUUCCUCGGCGACGCGUCGGCUCGCCACGGCUUCGCCGUCGGCGGUGCUCCGGCGGUGUCGUCGGUGGAUCGGAUGGCUGUGGAUCGGUGGAAGUUGGAAGAGCUCAGGCUUGCAUGGAAACUCCUUUAAUACUGCGGUGCUGGCCAGCGGCUCGGCGGAUCGGACGCUGAAGGUCUGGGACGUGGGCGAAGGCUCCUGUGUCCACACCUUCGAUCACCACUCGGAUAAGGUCCAGUGCGUGAAGUGGCACCCCACGGAGCAGGCGGUCUUGUUGAGUUCGGCCUUCGAUGGCCAGCUGGGACUCCUCGAUGUGCGACAGCCCAAGCAGGCGGCCCUGGCCGCGUUGAAUGGAGAGGCAGAAUCUGCGAUCUGGAGCCGGCACAAUCCCUACCAGUGCUAUGCCAGUACCGACAAUGGCGCCGUGCGCUGCUACGACGUCAGAAAAGUGGCCAACAAGGCGGAUAAUCCCGUCUUGUGGACGCUGAUGGCGCACGACGUGGCCUGCACCAGCCUGCAGGAUGCGCCCGCGAAGAACUUGUUGGUCACUGCCGGACUCGAUGGGCUGCUUGGGCUUGGACGAGGUUUGAGGACACGGAAUGGAGGAAGACAGAGGGAUGGGUGA